CAGAUUUACAACUAAACUAUGACAACGUGAAGGGAGAUUCCUUUCCCUCUCAUCUCACAAACACAAGACCAGCCAACACUCCAGCAAGCCAAGCUGAAGGCUACAGAAACCUGAUCCGACAGCAGCUUGUUUCCACAGGCCCGGAUCUCACACACGUGGUCUGGUGUUUCUGUGCCUGCAGGAGAUGGAGGAGGGAUACGAGCUGGACCUCACCUAUGUGACGGAGCGCAUCAUCGCGGUGUCCUUCCCUCAGGACGGCUUCGAGGACACGUACCUGCGGAACCUGAGGGACGUCACGCGCAUGCUGCGGUCCAAACACGCGGACAACUAUCUGGUGAUCAACCUGUCGGAGAGGAAGCCGGAGCUCAGCAAGAUGAACCCGAAGACUCUGGACACGGGCUGGCCGGACCUGCACGCUCCUCCUCUGGAUAAGAUCUGCACCGUCUGCAAGGCCAUGGAGAACUGGCUGAGCGCUGACCCGCUGCACGUGGUGGUCAUUCACUGCAGGGGUGGCAAGGGUCGGAUCGGAGUCGUCAUCUCCUCAUUCGUUCACUUCACAGACGUCUCUGCCAGUGCAGAUCAGGCGCUGGACCGCUUCGCCAUGAGGAAGUUCUACGACGACAAGGUUUCUGCGCUGAUGACUCCAUCUCAGAGGAGGUACGUGUGUAUCCUCAACAGUCUCCUGAGCGGCUCCAUCAAGAUGAACACGUGUCCUCUGUUCCUGCACUGUGUCAUCCUUCAGGGCUUCGACCGCGCCGCGGUGUGUCAGCCGUAUGUGAAGGUGUAUCAGGCGAUGCAGGUGGUCUACGUCUCAGGAAUAUACCACAUGGGAGCCGGUCACAGAGACAGGAUCUGUAUGACGCUGGAGCCGGCACAGAUGCUGAAGGGAGACAUCAUGGUGAAAGGCUUCCGUCAGAGCAGCCGGUCCGAGAGAGACGUUAUGUUCAGGGUUCAGUUCCACACGGGAGCGGUUCAGGCCUACAGCCUCGUGUUUCAGAAGGACGACAUGGAGCACGCCAACAAAGACUCCAGGUUUCCAGAUUAUGGCAAAGUGGAGCUAGUGUUCUCUGAUGGCCCAGAACCGAUUUCAGGUUCAGAGCGCUGGCUGAACGGUCCAGAUGUGACGGUCGACUACACCAGCACAGAUUCACUCUCUAAAUGGGACUCGUAUGGGAACAUCUGCAGUGAAGCGGGUCCGAUCCUGGAGCGACUGGUGAAGCGUGACGUCAGCAGAGGCUCCACCCCCUCGGGAGCCCCGCGGAGCCCCGACCACACGCUCUCGGCCAGCACCGACUCCGGCCUCUCCAGCGCCCCCGACUGCUGGCCCACCCCGGGGCCCCGAGCGCCUCAGCCCAGCCGGCAGGAGCGGGUGGAGCUCAAGCGGCUGCUCAGCGGCUUCGGCCUGGACGAGGCGAGCCGAGCCCCCCCGCAGAAUCACCUGAACGGGCGCUCGCGGCCCAAGGAGCGUGAGACCGACAUCCUGGACGACGAAGUCCUGAGCUCGCGGCACGACCUGCACAGCGCAGACAGCCUGGGCACGCUCUCCUCGUCCUGUCACAAGAGCAGCCAGAACUCUCUGCUGUCGGACGGCUUCGGCAGCCCCGGGCGAACGGAGGAGACGCACACGGCGGCUGUGGACAAGUACGAGCGGAGAGCCGCUCACAGAGGCGCGUCCCUCCCCGCCGGCUCUCCGGGUCCCAGGCACCCGUUCCCGCACGGGGGAUACUCCACGCAGACCUGGGUCCAUCAGCAGCAGCUGGUCACGGCACAGCAGUACCUGUACCUGCCAGAGGAGGACGCCGGCGAGCAGCGCUUCCACAGCCACACGCAGGGGCUCCUGCCCAAACACACCGAGCAGAAAGAGCCUGCGGUGAGGCCUGAGACCCCGCGGAUCCAGGAGCCGGACCACAAACACGACGAGGAGUUCAGCUCACUCACACUGGACAUCGACAACUCCAUUCACCAGCUCAACCAGCUCAUUCUGGACCUGGACCCCAGCUUCGUGCCCAUCUCCACCAAACCCAGCUCAGCCCCGGACAGCACCGGGGACAGAGAGAGGAGUCGGCAGACGGGUGGUGUUCAGCUCAGCGCAGCUCGUGGACACUCGUCCUGGACUCUGGAUCACACACACACACUGACGCCCAGCGCUGACCGCGACACACACACACAGUGUGGAGCAGUGUUCAGUACAGACGGUGUUCAGUUCUCAUCUCACACUGCGCUGGACACUGGCAGUGACGUGAUGCCCUUAACACCAGCGUUCCCCAUCUCACCAUCCACUCCUUACGGGAAGAGCGUGAUGAUGAACUAUCCUCCGUUCAGACAGACUCUGUCUCCUUCAUUCGGAUCCUAUAGAGCUGAACACGACACGAGAGAGACUGCAGGGUUUAUGGGACACACAGCGUCAGAUGAAGCUUUACAGCACAGAGCGCACGUCCAGCCUGCCAUCGGGGACAUCAUGUGCUUCUCCGACAGCUACAGGUCUCCACAGUCCAUCUCUGCUCAUCCCUCGGACUCCGUGAGCUUCGCCCCAGUGUCUUCUGUCCCGUCUCAACACUCCCUCCCUGCGCCGAACGCCCACAGCUCUCCUCUCAGCGGGCCGAGAGCCAAAGCCCUCCAGCAGAUGUUCAGCCUGGGCCCGGCGCUGGAGGGACUCGACUGCCAGCCGCCGCCUCAGAACCUCGUGGGGUUCGACGGAGAGACCUCGCAGGGGUCAGCGUCUACAUCUCCCAGCGGCUUCUCCAGUCCUCACAGCGCGAGCUCGCUCAGUAUCCCGUUUCCCAGCGUGCUGCCGGAGCUGCAGACCGGCUCGUGCCCGAGUGCUCCUGACCCCCGAGCUGAUGCUGCAGAGGUGCUCUCCAGCAAGCAGAUGACCGUGAACUUCGUCCAGGACACCUCCAAAUACUGGUACAAGCCAGACAUCGCACGAGACCAAGCUAUAGCGUUGCUGAAGGACACAGAGCCCGGCUCCUUCAUCGUUCGGGACAGUCACUCGUUCCGCGGCGCGUACGGGCUGGCCAUGAAAGUGUCCACAGCGCCUCCAUCGGCACUGCAGCAGGGCAAGAGAGGAGUCGACCCGUCCAGCGAGCUGGUGCGGCACUUCCUCAUCGAGUGCACCCCGAGGGGCGUUCGGCUCAAGGGAUGCCCCAAUGAACCCUACUUCGGCAGUCUGACGGCUCUGGUCUGUCAGCACUCCAUCACUCCUCUGGCUCUUCCAUGCCAACUCAUCAUACCUGACAGAGAUCCUCUAGAGGAGGCUGUUAGUGCAUCUUCACAGUCCAUUUCCAAUUCUGCAGCUGAACUCUUGAAACAAGGAGCAGCCUGUAACGUGUGGUUUCUGGGCUCGGUGGAGAUGGAGUCUCUGACGGGUUAUCAGGCGGUGCAGAAGGCCACCAGUGAGAUCCUGAACACGCACUCGCUCCCGUCCUCCACCGUAGUGCACUUUAAAGUGUCCUCGCAGGGAAUCACACUCACCGACAACCGGAGAAAACUGUUCUUCAGAAGACACUAUGCUGUCGGCACAGUCAUAUUCUGUGCUCUGGACCCUCAGGACCGGAAGUGGAGACGAGACGGCUGCAGCUCAGCGAAGGUCUUUGGGUUCGUGGCUCGUAAAGCGGGCAGUGGCAUGGAGAACGUGUGUCACCUGUUCGCGGAGCACGACCCCGAGCAGCCCGCCAGCGCCAUCGUCAACUUCGUCUCCAGAGUCAUGAUUGGCUCACAGAAGGUGUGAUGUCAUGAAGAGGGCGUGGCCUGUCGAGGAAUGCUGAUCAACAGAUUUCCUCCAAUGAGCUGAAAGACGUGGGACUCUGGGACUGAUCACAUGACAAACCUUCUGAAAUGAAACAUGUACAUUGUUUUGUAUAUUUUUGUAUUGAAAGUGUAUGUAUCGUGGGGACAGACUCAAAGGAAUUAUUCUUAUUGAAAAUAAAUCUCAAUAUAUGUGUAUGAACUUUUUAAAAUUA